AUGCAAGAAACUUGCAGGAAAAGACUGAAGCAAAAUCAUAUACCUUUGAUGCAAGAAACUUGCAGGAAAAGACUGAAGCAAAAUCAUAUACCUUUGAUGCAAGAAAAAAAGACUGAAGCAAAAUAUACUUUGAUGCAGAAACUUGAGGAAAAGACUGAAGCAAAAUCAUAUACCUUUGAUGCAAGAAACUUGCAGGAAAAGACUGAAGCAAAAUCAUAUACCUUUGAUGCAAGAAACUUGCAGGAAAAGACUGAAGCAAAAUCAUAUACCUUUGAUGCAAGAAACUUGCAGGAAAAGACUGAAGCAAAAUCAUAUACCUUUGAUGCAAGAAACUUGCAGGAAAAGACUGAAGCAAAAUCAUAUACCUUUGAUGCAAGAAACUUGCAGGAAAAGACUGAAGCAAAAUCAUAUACCUUUGAUGCAAGAAACUUGCAGGAAAAGACUGAAGCAAAAUCAUAUACCUUUGAUGCAAGAAACUUGCAGGAAAAGACUGAAGCAAAAUCAUAUACCUUUGAUGCAAGAAACUUGCAGGAAAAGACUGAGCAAAAUCAUAUACUUUGA